CUGUGAUGUGGGAGCGGCCGCGGGGCGGCGCUGUGAGUCGGGGUUGAGCUCAGGAACUGAUGGGUCCUCAGUUUCAGGCCCUGAGAUGCUUUUCCUGUAAAACUUUCCAGGUUCAGCAGGUGAAGAAGAGCAAAAGGUGGAAUUGUAAAGUUUGUGGAGAGACACAGUCAGUGCUGAAGGUUUAUGGUCAGGGCUCGGGAGCUGACUGCCGUCACCACGUUCAGAAGCUGAACCUGCUGCAGGGAGAGAUGGUACAAGCCGCGGACACCGCUCCCUGGUCGGGCGAAUGUGAGGUGGGCGUCUCAGUAAAGGACGGCACUGACUGGCACUGCGAUGAGGCAAAGAGGCCGCAGGAGAGCGAGCGAGCUGGAGGCAGCCGCUGGAGUAAGUAUCUGGAGGAGACGCCGGAGCAGGAGGAUGAUGAUGAUCAGGAGGAGGAGGCCUGGAUUGGGGCCAGUGUCAGGCAGCAGGGCCAGGCCAGCACCAGGAACCUCACCAGGGGCCGAAGGUCAGACCUAAGCUGCCGAGUCACAUCACAAAGCAAAAUACGGUUGAAGUCGGUGAAAGAAAAUACACCUGUUUUAGUUUGUGAAUUUUUCUCUCUCUUCCCUCCCCCCGACAGUAAACGCAAGAAAGCAGGAUUGGGGGACGGACCAAGGCAGAAGCACCUGAAGGCGGCUGGGAGUGAGCAAGGCUGGGGGAGCUCGCGGGCUGGUGUUGGCCAUCGUUCCCGUGGGGAUGAUGGAAGACCGGCAGCUACGGGUGAUGUGGCCCAGCGAGGCCAAACCUUGGCCUCCAGGUGGGAUCGAUUCCUGCCCAACGUGGGAGGUGAUGACUCGCAGGGAGCUGACCACAGACAACCUGCCAUCACAGAGCUGCCAAAGCCACACUUUACAUCUAAACAGGGUAAUGAACAAGAUGGCAAUGAUCUUGAAGGCCCGGGUCCUCCUGAGGCGGGCCUGGGGCUCUCUAGCCAUAACCGAUAUUUGCCGAUCAGUGAUAGAGUGACGGAGAAAUGCUCCGCUCAGCUGCUCAGUGUCACUGCAUCCAAACCCAAGGGGGAACCUAACAUGGAGUUAGACUGGGUUGGUCGUGCUGUCAGCAGUAAGACUGUGUGUGAUCAGGCAGCCAGACAUGAGCCUCACCAGCCUUUCCCCAUGUGGGCACACAGCCCUGGGGGAGGACCUCAGACUUUCAGCCCGAAGCCCCUUCUUCCCGCAACUUGUGACCUCUCACCCUGUGCUCCUCCUACAAUCAACUCCCAGAAUGUUGUGCCAGCCACACAGUUCCCUGGCUCCUUCCUGUCGCUCUUUCACACAGACGAGGACUUUGAUGAUCUGUGAUUUCCAGGGUUUGAUGGAAGAAAAGGACAUUGCAGUGAAGCUAACCUCGGGUGGGAGGGAGGCAGUGUGUGAGGACAGCUCUUUAUUGAUCAGCCGGGUGUCUGACUCGGGAGGAAACCCAUCAACAUGCUUAAGAGUCUCCAAACCUGACUGAGGCUUCCACAUACAUAUGCUCCCUACACAUGGAGAUUUCCCUGUGUCUGCAACGGAAUUCGCACUCUCUCCGUAGAGGGAGGCACCCUGCCUACCAAUUCCGGAGAGAAUUAGGCGCAGGUUGUCUUGGGACCCCAGAGUGUGUGUUGAGGUACCUGCCCAGGUUUAACCAGCUCAGACUGUAUAGGCCGUCAUUGUGAGCAUUGUGUGUCAAGCUUCACUGCUGCUUGUUCAGCCGGGACCACUCGCCUGUCUCUGAAAGGCUUUGAGUUGUAGAUUUACCAGGAACUGAACGGGGAGGGUAUCUGAUCCUAGCAACAAGGAGCACAAAAAUAAACCUGUUUCAGCAAAAGCCUUUGUUGUGUGGCAACUUGUGUAACACUAACCUGGGUUGCUCAAUGCUUUGGCUAUAAUCCUCCCAAUGAAGUGUACUGGUUCACUGCUCUGGGUGGAACUGUACUGACAGUCACUCAGACCAGAGGGAGUUUACAUUCAGAGCUCACACCAGUGAUCACAACAAUCUGUAAGGAAUCAUGGUUGCUGCCUUAUUCUUCCCCAAAAUAGUCUUUUAAUGAAAGGGUUUUUCCAACAUUAAACAUAAGCUUUCAAAAAAGCUAGUUUGAGUUUGCCUGUUGACAUGUUCACAACUGAGGUUUACUCUCCUCUCGGCUGCUGUGGGCAAUGUUGAGUUUGAUUUCACAAACACUGAGGUCGGAGGAGAAUUUGUGAUGCGGUCUCUGGCUGGAUUGUGACUGGAGGCCUUCAGUGGUGUGGAGAAUGGUUUCUGUGUAAUAUGCACUAGUGGGAGUUUCCUGGGGGACGGACAUGAUGUAUUUGCCAAUUCAAGGCCCUGACGUUAAUUUAUAAUUUAUUCUGAAAUAUUCAUUAAAGUGAAGUCCUUGGAGAAUA